AUGGAGGAGGUAUUUCUGAAUACACUGAAAUACCUGCAGACCAAUGAGUUCCUCUUGGAUGUGGAUUUGUGGGGACUUUUUGCAAACUUGGAGGAAUUAAUCCAGGUGAGUCUCAGUUUUGUGACUGAUUUUUUCAAAAUUGUGAAGGACCAUGUCACUGCAUCUGAUUCCUCCCUGGAUUUCCUCUCUGUGCUCACAAAGUAUUUCCAAGGUAACCUCUGCCAGACACACCAGAUUUACUGCCUUCAUUACACCUCUGCUGUCUUUUACUUGGAGAACCUGAAGCAGAGAGAAGAUUUUGGAAUCUAUCUGAAAUGGUGUGAACAGAAGGAACAGUGCAACCGACUACACCUACCAGAACUGCUGGUGGCUCCUUUACACAGACUAACCCGCUAUCCCCUGCUCCUUUACAACAUCUGGAAGAGAAGCAGUGAUGCAACACAGAAAGCCUCCAUCCACUCGAUUAAGGAAAAAGUGGAAAAGUCUAUACGAGAUCUUGAAGGUAAAGUAAAAUGGCUGGACAAUUUUCAGAAAUUUAGGCAGCUACAGGAGAUUAUAAUUUGGCCUCCACUUUGGGACCGUGACAAAAGGUUCUUUAUCCCAGAGUAUCUGAAACAUAUUUUAAGAGAGAACAUGAGUGAAAAUAUCUUGUCUUCCAACACCAGAGAGCUUCUUCGGGAAGGGAGGUUAACUCUUGCAGAAAGUACACGGAUCCUUGAUGUCUACCUCUUUCUAUUCAAUGAUUUCCUAUUAAUUACCAAAACUAAACGUAACAAAAAGAAAUACGGGGGCUCAGACACAGGCUUAAUACCUGUAUGCCCUUCCUUUUCUCCUGAACUGCAGUCUUUGAUAAAAGAUGGUGGUUCUUGUACAGUCCUGGACCAGCCCAUUCCACUAGACAGACUGACACUCAAAACUAUUGAUCCAUUCCAUGUAACAGUCCUUGGGCUGCAAAAUGCUUUUGUAAUACAACAUGAAAAUAGAUACCAACAGUGCAUCGGAGUCUUCUUACUACAAGCACAAACAGAGAUGGUCAAAAGAACAUGGAUGUCACAGAUAGAAAUUGCCAUCUCCAAUUAUUCCAAUGGACAUGAAACACAGAAAAGUUCUUUUUUCUGUGUGCCGGCUGAAUCCUCUGAAAUUUAAUCAUGUAAAUGCAAAACUGACAGAUCCAGUCUGAAGCCAGAUUACAUGGUGGUAACAAAAGAAUUUAACAAGUCUUGUUAGUUUCUGGCAACAAUGUUUCCUAUGACCUGACUGGUUGAGGGCUGGGCAUGGUGCAUCAUGGACAUAAUGGAGCUAGGAAUGGCACAGAAACAAGGUAGAGAAGGCUCUGGCCACAGGAGUGUGCUGCCUUGCUGUUGUUAUUCCACUGAGAGCAGGAGAAGGGAAAUUGUCUUGCAAAAUGUAUUUCCAGGAACAAAAGGCAAGGACAAUUAUUUACUGAGUUUCACUCACUGUCCUGACAUUCGACUGCAUUGGGGCUUUACAGAAUCUUUUAAGCAAGAGCCUCAUUUGCGGAUAGGUGACAGAAUAUUGGCUUCCUCAUCUAAUACCUAGUCCACCACAAAAAAUAAAGAAUUACUUGUGCUAAUAUUGUACUUAUAUAGGAAAUUUCCCACUGGUUUUCAAUGGCAAUUCGAUGCCUCAUGGUGCCACAGGACUACUCAUUUACAAAAUAAAAUGAAAAACAACUCAAACACAAUAAAAGGCCACUUGCUCAAAUUCACUCCUCUGAUAUAACGACGGAGAGGCAGCCAGACCAAUUUGAGUAGCACUGCAACCCGAAG